AUGGUAAAUGUAACAGCUCGGAGUACCAAGUGCAGUGCUGCUGAGGCAGAUACAGACUCCGCAUUGCAAGACCUUGAUAGUGUUCUUGAACUUAUUGGUAGUAAUGAUGGUCAAGACACAAAUAUAAUCAAUCCACUUGAUCUCAUCACAGCACUCUUUCUGUGCUCAGAUAGCUUCCUGCAGCAGGAAAUGAUGUUAAAAAUGUCGAUGUGCCAGUUUGCUGUACCUCUCUUGAUCCCUGACUGCAGCACCAGUCAGUGUACAUUAGUGCUGUGGGCCAUGCGAUGCAUUGUGAAGAAGUUUAGACCCCAUUCAUUAGCCGACUCAAAGGGGUUUGUACAAGACAGUAUUGUCAGCACUGCCAUGCCAAUGAUCUCUUUUGUCAGGCUGGGUGACUGCAGUUUAUCAAAGUCUCAGAUUCUGAAUCAGGUUCUCAGCAACCCCCAGCAGUACCAUGAUGUAUUUAUCCAUCGCGACAUGGAAUGUGGUGACGUUAGACAGAGAAUUGCAAAUGGUCUAGUGGAUAUAAGUUGGUACCUUCCUUGUGGAGAGAAAAACUUGGACAUCUUUCCAGAACCUGUAGCUGUUGCCAAGCUUCAUGGAGAUCUCCUUUCCUUUCAGAAACAGUUUUCCAUUUUAUGUCAAACAUCCUCGGCAGUCUUCAUAUUUUUUGACAGUAUUGCGGAGAGCGAGUGCAAUCUCUUGUCCUCUGCAGGAAAUAUUAAAGCCCAAUUGUUUUUGGUUGCAAAUUUUCCGAAUAAGACAGAGAAAAACAUAAACUCUCUGAAAGACUUGGCAUCAAAAUUAAAAUUAAGUGGAAGUCAGAUCCUAUUGAAGAAACAGCAGACCAAUGAUGCAGAGUUUGUGUCAAAACUGCAUUUAACUAUGAAUAAUAUCAUGGAAACCAAACCUCACAAAAACACAAUUGAAGCAAUGUCUACACUCCAUGAGAAAGUUCAGCACAAGGGCAGGGUGCUGGUUGUAACAGUGUUGGGAGUCCAAAGCACUGGGAAGUCUACCCUCCUCAACACAAUGUUUGGGGUUCAGUUUGCAGUUAGCAGUGGCAGAUGCACGAGAGGAGCCUUCAUGCUGUUAAUCAGAGUCAAAGACGAUCUUAAAGAAGAGCUGAAAUGUGAUUUUAUCUUUGUAAUCGACACUGAAGGUCUAAAAUCUCCAGAACUGGCACAACUAGAAGACAGCUACGAACAUGACAAUGCGCUUGCAACACUGGUUAUUGGAUUGAGUGACAUCACCAUAAUAAACAUUGCAAUGGAGAACUCCACAGAGAUGAAGGAUAUCCUACAGAUCGUGGUGCACGCCUCUUAG